AUGUCUGCUGAUGCUGAAGGACUUAAGAAAGAGCUUAUUAACAAAAUAAAUGAAGCAUAUUCAUCAUUAAGUGACGUGAAUACGUUUAUUGCAAGUCUUGCCAAAACUGAAGAAGCGUUUUUCGCAUCAAUCUAUCCAUCAACACUUGAAAUUCAAGGUUUAGAAAGAAGCAUUCUCGAUUCAUACGAUAAUGCUCAAAAUAAAGUUCGUACUCUUCAUACAGUUCUUGAAUCCUUAUUGAAACUUGACAAAAGCGACACUGGUGAACAAAAUCUUCCUUCGCACGAAGAAGUUCAAAAUUUACUCACAACCUUCUUCAAAGGAAAGAUCAAAACAAAGUCUGCACCUUUACCAAUGCAUUGUGGCUGUUAUUCAUAUAAAUUGAAAACUCCUGCUCCUGGAUCAUUUGUUUGCCACCAUUCAGAGAAGGGAAAUAUUCUAAUGACAGUCCUCUCUUAUAAAAAUAACGUUUGUUCUGUAUAUGAUCCAACAGAUAUUGCAGCAGGCAUUAAUGUUAUCGACUUACAAGAAAAUGAGUGGACACCAUUACCAAUAGUAAUACCAGAAAAACCAAUUUCAAGAUGGGAAUAUGCAAAAGGAGCUGACGUUUUGGCUUUAUGGCCAAAUGAAGGUGAUGAACUUGGUUGGACAACUGUAUUUUAUCCGGCAAAAGUUUGCCAACGCCCAUACGAUCAAGCUGACGACGGAUCUGAGAAUUUUGUCAGAGGAUACUUAUUAGAUUUUGGUGAAGGAAGUACGUCAAUUGUUCCUGAACAAUUUGUAGUUAAUUAUCCAGAUGCAUGGCGUCCAAAAUAG